AAUCUUUCGUACCAUAUUUUUUCAAAUCUUUAUAGUAAUUAUGGUAAAAAGUACUAAUAACUAGAAAUAUAACUGGAAUUCCAUUCAUUUCAGUUUGUAUUCGGUACAGCUGAUUAAUUACGUUUCAAAGUGACGUUUCUGGAGCAUGCGCGAUUGACUUAAGUUUCUGUAGGAAUCGCCAUACUAAACAGUGGAGUAGUGUUUUUUUAUGGACGUAUCAUACGCCCGGUGAUAGGAAUUUAUAUUCUACAAUUCCCCUAAAUAGUGAUUGCUGUGUCGUGACUAAUAUUGAACAUUUUGCUAACUGUUUACAUACUGUUGUUAGUGAUAGGUGAUGUCAGCAGGCGUAACAGAUCAGGUACCUAGUUUUUGGAUUUAUGAAGUUUAGUUGUUUUGUUAUUAGUUGAACGUUUCCAGUUUUAACUUCAUUAACGCCUAGUUUUAUUUCCAUGAAAUCGUCUCUUCCUUUAAAGCGGAUGAAAGGACAAGGGAAUCAAGUUACAAAUGGACCAAAAGAACAUGUGAAUGAGCACGAAGAUUUUGAUACAUGGCGGGCACAGCAGCAUCAGAAUUAUACAACUCCUAUUUCUACGACAAUGGCUUCAGAUCCAUAUAUGUCAAAUUAUUAUGGCACCUCAUUCCCUUAUCAGGCAUUUGGAGUAGGGGAUGGUACUUGGUCUAAUAAUGACCCGAUGACAUUCCUUGGUGGAUAUGGAGGACAAAUUAGCCAUGACUCUUAUGGAAUGGAUGGUAUGUUCGGAGGUGCGUUUGGGCAAGCAGGUGGCCCUGCCACUGGAUUUAAUUAUUUUCCUGGUAAUGGUGAUUAUUCAACAUGGGGAAAUUCAGCUGCAAUGUCUCGUAAACCACACUACGAUGACUACUAUAGGCAUGGAGAUCCAAUGUAUGCUGGAGGAGAGGCAUUAAAAAGUAUAGAACAUGGUAUGCAAACUCUUGGACUUGCUGAAGGGAAGUCGGAUUCAAAAGAUAUCAAAGAAAUACAACCAAAGAAAAUGACAUGGGCUACCAUUGCGAGCCAGCCUGCCAAGCCUCAGCCACAAGUACCACCGGGCGGAAUCAAGAAGAAAGGGCCUGGCAUGCCACCUCCUCCGAUGGUUCCAGGUAAACAUAAUAUGGAUAUUGGGACGUGGGAAGGAAAAGGUGGGAUGGGUAAGAGUAGCCCCGCCAGCGGAGCUGGAGCUUGGAGCGGAGCACCUCGAGGAGCUACCCCUGCCUACCUUCGCCACCCGCCCCCGCCUCCUGUCAUUCUUCCACCUCCCCCUCAUCCACUUCCAAUGCAUGUAGCACAUUCUAUAUCACAUGUAGAACCGGAAGAAAAAGCUAAUUUACCUUGCCUUAAGAUUUCUCAAAUACCUCAACCACAGCAGAUUGUUCAACAGCCACCGGCUUCUAUACCCACUCAAUCUUCCAUCCCUUCUCAUCCCAUCUUAGAUGAACUGAGAAUUAAAAACAAUUAUAAUCCUGUAGACUUUGACAUAUCAGCUAAGGGUGCUCGUUUCUUUGUGAUAAAAUCGUAUUCAGAGGACGAUAUUCACAGGUCAAUAAAGUAUGAAAUUUGGUGCUCGACAGAACACGGCAACAAACGUUUGGACCAAGCUUAUCGUGAGCAAGAAUCAAAACCGAAUGGAGUUGUUUAUUUGUUUUUUUCUGUUAAUGGUUCUGGACAUUUUUGUGGAAUGGCGCGUAUGACGUCACCUGUGGACUAUAAUGCAUCUAGUUCAGUGUGGUCUCAAGACAAAUGGAAGGGACAGUUUAGGGUAAGGUGGAUUUAUGUGAAAGAUGUUCCAAAUGUUCAGUUGAGGCAUAUACGCCUUGAAAACAAUGAAAAUAAACCAGUCACGAAUUCAAGAGACACUCAAGAAGUUCCCUUUGAAAAAGGGAAGCAAGUUCUUCGGGUAAUGCAUUCGUAUCGCCAUACAACUUCUAUAUUUGAUGAUUUUGUGCACUACGAAAGGAGGCAAGAAGAAGAGGAUUCAAAGAAGGAGGCUGAAUCAGCAGCUCACCAGAAAGGGAAAGUCGAAGUGGAAGAGGAGGACGUGGAGGAAGGACAAGCACUAAUUAGUUGAACAUAUGUUUAUGUGUAUUGUUGGCUCUUACUACUGCUUAAAAUCUUUUUAUUCUACUGUUUGUGUUAUUAAGAAUUUUUACCAAGAAAUUCAGAUUCAUAUAUGUUCAUUGUUUUUCUUUCAAUUUCUUCUCAUUUCUUUUUCUUUUUUUUUUUUUUUUUUUUUUUUAAUUCUAUGCUAAAUAUAACUUUAAACUAAACCCUAUUUAAUUUUACAACUAUCAAAUACAAUGUAUGUCAUCUAUUAAUUAUUGUCCCUAAAUUGCUUGGUUUCAAAGAAAGAAAAACAAGAGAUAGUCUGUGUUUCUUGUCACUUUUUUUUUUUACCUAAAGUAUUUUUUUUUUCUUUUUUACUUAUUACAUAAGUAAUAAUAAUAAGAAUAAGUUCAAAUUUUCAAUCCUGUUAGAAUAUUUGAAGGUCUGAAAACUAUGUACCAAUUUCCUGCCAUUACCUACUUUUCUGUGUUAACUUUAUUCUUUCAAUUUAUUUAAAAAAUAUAAAAAAGAAAAAAAAAGUGCUUUUUAUAUUAGUAUUCUAUGUUCAUAUGUAUAGUAAAUCUUUUUACUUAUUUCACAUAAUAAUUACUGGUUUUGGGUUUAUUGUAAGCAGAAUGUAUCAAUUUUACCGACAGUGAGUUGUUUAUUCCAGUUGACAUUUUUUGUAAAGCUACUAAAUAAUUUGUUAAAUAUGAAAUAAAUUAUUGUUUUUUGAACACUGUACACAGAAAAGAUGCAUGGUUGUUAUAUAUAAUUUUUUUUCAUUCAGUUUUCUAAUGCCAUAUUUCACAUUCUGUAGAAUGCACUGUAUAACUAUUAUUUUGCUUUAAAUUAGUUUAAUUUUGAUGAAGUUAGUGAUUGUUUAUUAGUAGUAUUACUAAUAUGUUAGAAAAUGGAUUUCCAUUAUGGCACAAACUGAAAAGAAUGCAAUAGUAUUCCAUUGUAUUGUAAUUUCAUUUAUAUGAUAAGGCCUGAAGAGAACAUUUGUUGUUGAUAUGAUUAUCGUUCCUGUUAUUAAUGUGUUAAAAUUGCAAACUUUAAUGCUAGCAUAUAUAUAUAUAGAGAGAUUAUCGAUAUUGUUUUAUGUUUAUUGUUUCAAUGAUACAUUUUGUUCUAAUUUAGUAAUUAUUGAGAAAAAAAAAAUGGAGUUUCUUCAAGAAGUGACUGCCUUUCAGUUCAUUCCAGUGGAAGCUGAAGAAGUGUUGUCAGUGUUGUAUGAAAGUGGUGACCUAUUCGAUGGAUAUUCAGGAGACACAUUUAUAAAAACUUACCGAAAUUUUUUGAACAUUUAGUGAAAGGUGAACUAAUCAGUGAUCGUAUUUUAUCGUAAGACUGGUAAAACUUUAAAAAAGGACUUAUAAAUAAUAUAAUUUUUACAUUGUAGAAUGAAUUAAGAUUUAGUGAUGACUCUCAUCGUGAUAUCUAUUAAUAUUUUGUUGAGACUUUCCUUAUUUUAAUGCAGAAUAAAUAAAUUAUUUUGUUACAUAUUCUCCUGACUGGAGUGUGAGAAGGCCUGAAAUAAAUUUAUGAUGAAACACUUUAUUCAGAGGUGCAAUGAAAGAAAGAAAAAAGUUUCAAGUUUAUUUUUCCUUUGUAUAUAUAUAUACAUAUUAAUAAACAUUUAUAUAUAUAUAUAUAUAUAUAUAUAUAUAUAUAUAUAUAUAUAUAUAUAUAAAUUACCUAUUUGUGUUAAUUAUUUUUAAUGAAAAAUGUUACUGACACGAUAAUGAAUUUUUUUUUUGGAAUAUAAUAUAAAUUUUUCUUCAAAUAUUUUUAAUCAAAUAUUUUUGUAUGUAUUGUUUAUGUAUUUUGUUUACUUUCAUACCCCCAUUUCUGCACAAUAUUAAUUAUUGAAUAAAGUACAUUGUAUUAUUAUUUGUAUUAUUUGACGUUAUAAAAAAU